UAUACGAGAGCAUAUUGCGCAGUGAUGGUUGGGGAGAUAUCACAACAUCGAUGAGGUCGAAGUACAGAAGACAGACUAGUCCGAAAUGGGCGGUGUUGACAAACACGACAAACAUCGGGGUUUUCGACCACUGUCAACUCGAUCAUUCAAUUCAUCCUCAUCUUCCCCAACCUCCCCCAGAAACGAAACGUCCCCCAAGAUGAGACGCCCUCUCCACAUCUGUACGCCAUGUCUUCAUUACUCUAGCCCUCGGAUGGUCUUCUCCGUCCGGACGAUUACAACCACUGCGAUUCGACCGUACAUGGUAGGGCCUCCCGCGAAGCACCCCAACAGAAUCCCUCUCCAGGACAUCACCCCGACGCAUAUCUCCUCUUAUUGGGACACCCAAGCGCCCAAUCGCGCCCAGCUCAACUAUGCGGACAAGAUCUUUGCCGUGACGCGCCACUCGCCCAUCAAGAAAUGGUCCGCGUCGAAAUUCCGCACCGCGCCCGAUUCCUUCGAGCCAGAGGUCGCAUUCCUGGGACGGUCGAACGUCGGCAAGAGCUCGCUCCUCAAUCGCGUCAUGGGUCAGGAGAUGUGCUGGACGUCGUCGAAGCCGGGGCGUACGCGAGAGAUGAAUGCCUAUGGGAUCGGAGGCACCAAGGGGGAGGAAUCCAAGGUAGUGGUGCUGGACAUGCCGGGUUACGGUCGGGGAGGUCGCGCGGAGUGGGGGGUGGAGAUUAUAAAGUACCUCCGUGGGCGGAAGCAGCUCCGUCGCGUGUUCGUCCUCGUUGACAGCACACAUGGGUUGAAGCCCACCGACAUCGAUCUGCUCCACAUGUUUCGAGAACACGCCAUUCCACAUCAGGUGGUACUUUCCAAGGUCGACCGGUUUCUGUCCCGGAAACCAAGCCACCUGCGACAUGGUUUGCCCACUGCCGGUCUCUCUCUGCUGCAGGAGAUGCUGCAGUACCUGAAGUCGAUUGUUCAGCCCACUGGAUAUGGAGAAGGGCCAGGUGCCCUUGGGGAGAUCCUGACCUGCUGUGCGGACAAACACCUGGACCUGGGGAUCAGCGAGCUUCGCUGGGCGAUCCUCGCGGCGGCUGGGUACGAGGGAAGCAUCGAGGUGAAGACGGGCGCGAAAUCGGCCAUGAAACCGGCCAUAAAACCAGCCGCGAAACUAGCCGCGAAACUGGCCAAGAAACCGGCCAAGAAACCAGGCGUGAAAAAAGGCGCGAAACCGAGUGCGAAACCGAAGGCGAAACCAGGCACGAAACCGAAGGCGAAACCAGGCACGAAACUAGGUGCGAAGCCAGGUGCGAAACCAGGUGCGAAACCAGGUGCGAAAUCAUUCAGGAGACCAGGCGCGAAACCGGCCGCCUCGGCUCCUGGUCCAUCUUGAUCGGUGAGGCUGAGCAGGAUGUGGCUUCAUGUUGAUAUUUUCUUUAUAUACCCCGAUGCAUAUACCCUGAUACCUAUGUAAAUUCAAAGUUUGUUCCAUUUUCAACUACCAUCCUCGGUGUCAGUGCCGGAGAAAAGAUGAAUGUUUC